UUUUUUUUAUUGCAGUUCUUAAUAGAGUUAAUAAUAGACUUUUAGGAGAGUUUAUCAUUUUUUUAUAAAUUAUAUAAUUAAUGAAAUUUUGAAUCGAACAAUAUCGUUUCUUCACAUUGUGAGCGACGAACACAAUCGAUUCCGGCACAUUCGGUACUGUUCUACCACGACGGUUUACGAUCGCAGUGCGAAACUACCCGGGUCGCUAGUAUUCGCCGCGAUGUGAAUGAGUGCGGGCGUGCCUUUAGGCUAGGUUAAGUUUUAGUUCGAUUAUAUUAAUUUAAUAGUAUUUUCUAAGUAAACAUAUAAACAUGAAUACGCGUGGUAGACACCUAGUUAAUUUGGUAAAGGGAACCGAGCAACAGCAGCAAUUUGAAUCAUUAAAUGUAACAAAUGACAAGCGCCCCGAAUCUCCGGUACCUUAUGAAGAGUACACCGAAGAAGAAAGUAGAGUUUUAAAUAAUAUUUAUGACGACAUAUUUCCCAAUUCACCUCCAAGGCAUGGUGAGAUUAGUUAUAGUCUAGACGAGAAGUCGUGCGAAAUAUUUCCUAUAUCAUCUCCAAGGCUUGGUGAGAUUACUUUUAGUAUUGACGAGAAGUCCUGCAAUGUUCUGACCGACUGUGUAAUUCAGGUUACACCUAUACCAUUAGCCUCCUCUGAAGAAACCUUGAAUCUCGUAACUAAACCAGAUGACAUGUUAAAUACCAACCAAAAACAUACACCAAUGCCGUCACCUUCUUCAGGACAAGACUUCAGCUGCGAAUCACCAUACCAUGCCCUAAACAAUGAAAUACAAAACAUAGACGAGGUCCUAACAACUCCGCAAACAGCUAAUGACUCUUUAAAUAUUCCAAGUAUUAGUUCCUUGAUUUCAGCAUCUGACAUUGAGAAUCCUGAUACUCCUAGUUCAUCCAUUAUGCGCAAACGAAACAAAAGCUGCAAAACUGAUCCUGGUCGUAAACGAAAACGACACGUAAAUGAUUGGAUUGAUGUUCGUAGGAAGUUGUUAACAAAUACCGGGAAACAGUACGUUUCAAAAAGGGGAAAGGUCAUUCCAUCAAAAUCUAUAAAACCUCCGUGUGCUCCAACCUGCAAACUAAAAUGUUCAAGUCAUUUUACAGACGAUACACGAAAGCUAAUAUUUGAUGAGUUUUGGGCAAUGGCAGAUCAUGCUAGGCAAUGGGAAUUUAUAAACAAAUUUACUAAAAGGAUUGAUAAAAAUAGAAUGACCACGGAAGGUCCAUCAAGAAGAAAAUACACUACAAAGUAUUACUUACCUUUAGCAACAAAUGAUUUAAUCUAUGAGGCUAAACAGGUAUGUUUAAAAAUGUUUUCUGGAACUCUUUCCAUUACUGAUCAAACAAUACGAACAGCACACAGUAAAUUAGAUACCUGCGGUGUUACUUCCAGUGACAAUAGAGGCAAACACUUAAACCAUCCGAGAAAAGUAAACGAAGAAAUGAUACGUAGUGUUGUUGAUCACGUGAAAUCAUUUCAACCCGUGGAAUCGCAUUAUACAAGAAAAAAUACUAGUAAAUUGUACUUAGACAAUUCACUCAGUUUCCACAAAAUGUUUGAAUUCUACAAAGAAUGGUCAGAACUCCACAAAUAUAGUAAUACUGCUGAAACUGAAAGACAAUAUAGAGAAAUAGUUAACGAACAUAUGAACAUUGCAUUCUUCAUCCCAAAAAAAGAUUUAUGUGACAAGUGUCAUUCAUUUUCUAAUAUUGAAAACCCCAAUGAAGAACAGGUAUUGGCUCAUAACAAUCAUAUUGCAAGCAAAGAAACAGCAAGAAAAUUUAAAGCUAAAGAUAAAGAAGAGGCUAUAGUAAGCGAAUCAAAAAUUGUGUGUGCUACAUACGAUUUUCAAAAAUUACUUAACUGCCCUGCUGGCGAUGUAUCUCUAUUUUAUUACAAACGAAAGUUAUCAUUGAUGCAUUUCACAGUUUUUGACACUGGCGUUAAAGAAGCUUCUUGCUAUUUGUGGCCUCAAAAUGUAGGUAAACGAGGAGCAAACAAAGUUGGCAGCUGUUUGUUGGACUUCAUAGAGAAAAAAGUAGCUAAUGGUGCAGAAGACGUAAGGUUCUGGUCCGAUAAUUGUACAGGACAAAACAGAAAUAGAGUAGUGUAUAGUCUUUACAUGUACGCUAGUCACAAGUACAAUAUUAAUAUAACCCAUAGAUUUCUAGAGUCUGGUCAUACCCAGCAAGAAGCAGAUAGCGUCCAUGCUCUUAUUGAACGAUCUGCGAAGGGUAAAAUAAUUUAUACACCCGAUCAGUGGUACGCUUUAGUUAGAUGGGCAAAAAUUAAUGAUAAACCAUAUCAAGUCAUAGAGGUGUCCCAAGAUAUGUUGUAUAAUUUAAAAGAGCUUUUGCAAAAUAGAAAUUUUAAGAAAAACACUUUGAAUCAAGAAGUUAAGUGGAACAACAUUAAAGAAAUCUGCAUAGAGAAAACGGAACCAAAUAUAAUUUUGUAUAAAUAUGAUUUGAAAUCUGAUUAUAUUAAGUUGAAUACUUUAGUGCAGACUCGUCGCAACAAGAAAAUCAUUGUUGCAACUAAUAAUGAUGCGUUAAAACCACUGUAUUCAGGUAGUUUACCUAUUCCUGAAGCCAAAUACAAUGAUUUAAUUUAUCUAUGCGAAGCAGGACAUAUUCCUAAGCAAUAUCAUUCAUUUUUCAAAAAUCUUAAGAGGACCCAAAUUGAAAACUUUGAUUUAGGGAGCGAUGAGGAUGAGACAAUUCAUUAAAAAUGAACAAAAUACUUGUUAUAAUAAUUUCUAUUGAAAAAAUAUUUUUUAUUUUAUUUUGGCAGAAGUAGGUUUUGAUUGAUAUAUCCAAAGAAGUUAAUUUUCAUUUUUUUAUUUAGUUGUUCUAGCCAAGUUAGAACUUAUUUACUUUGUUAUGAACAAAUUAAGGGUAUUUUGUUUGUUUGUGUAAAGACUGAAGUAGUCGUGUUAUCUUAUUUUUUUUAAAUAUGUUACCUUCAUUUAGGACUACUUAACCUGUUACACAAGUUAAUAGACUUUCUAUUAGAUAAGUAUAACUCUUGCAAGAUCUCAUAAGUUAAUUGUUUUAUUAAAAUUAUAAGUAUUAAAAGCGUUUAAUACCUACAACAUGUUUUAUUUCAGUUCCACUUAUUUUUUAGAAAUCGGUCAAUGAAAUAAUAAUUGUACAAUAAGUACUUACACAUUGGAUAUAAACCGAAUCGAUUGCUUUUGCUAACAAAUCCUCAAAGUAUAAUAUCGGAAUUGGCAGAUUCGACAAUGAAAAUUCAUUUUAUAUCAUUGAAUACUAUUGAAUCUGCCACUUUCGACAAAAUUCUGUUUAGUAUUGACGACGUAAAACAUCGAAUAUGAAAAUUUUCAGAAAAUAUAGAAAAUAAUUUAAUCGUGAUCACUUAAUAGUAAAAUGUACAAAAUUAACUAUCAAAUGAAAUAAUAGUUUCCAUGGUAAUUUUAAAAUUCAAUGCUUUACACCAAAAUAUAACUUUGAACUGCUCUACUGUAAAGUAUGCAUUUUUCAAUUUCGAUAGUGUUCGUAGUGGUAGU